AUGACGCUAUCUAAUUUCUAUUUCUGGCUGCACUUACUAUUCGCCUUUGACGAGGGUAAACGUGCUGUCAUUAGGUUAUCAAAAACACAACAAAGGCGAUUGAAUCGUAAGCUGUACAUAAAUAGUUGGCACUAUUUUCGUGGACUUAGUGAAUACAAGAAGCUCAAGAUGAUCAUUCGCUGUAUUCUUGUUGUUUUUAUUUUGACUGCACUUGAAAUAAACAUUUCAACAUCGCAAAGAGUUCCGUGUGAAAUUUUUCCGCAAUUACCAAUAUGUUUGCGAAGAAAGACGACCACAACAUCCAUAACUGAUUCCACAACUACGGAGGACAUCACGACAACUGAAGCAUCUUCUUCAACAGCUGAAGACGUGACAUCAACCACUGAAAAUAUACCCACCACCACAAAUUCACCCACUACGACAGAAGAACCAAGUACAACUGAUUCAAAUCAGUGUGAAAUUUUUCCUUACUUACCAAUAUGUUUGCUAAGUACGACCACCACCACAUCCAUAACUGAUUCCACAACUACGGAGGACAUCACGACAACUGAAGCAUCUUCUUCAACAGCUGAAGACGUGACAUCAACCACACUUACUCCUACAACCACUGAAAAUACACCCACCACCACAGAUUCACCCACUACGACAGAAGAACCAAGUACAACUGAUUCAAAUCAGUGUGAAAUUUUUCCAUACUUACCAAUAUGUUUGCUAAGUACGACCACAACAUCCAUAACUGAUUCCACAACUACGGAGGACAUCACGACAACUGAAGCAUCUUCUUCAACAGCUGAAGACGUGACAUCAACCACACUUGCUCCUACAACCACUGAAAAUGCACCCACCACCACAGAUUCACCCACUACGACAGAAGAACCAAGUACAACUGAUUCAAAUCAGUGUGAAAUUUUUCCUUACUUACCAAUAUGUUUGCUAAGUACGACCACCACAUCCAUAACUGAUUCCACAACUACGGAGGACAUCACGACAACUGAAGCAUCUUCUUCAACAGCUGAAGACGUGACAUCAACCACACUUGCUCCUACAACCACUGAAAAUACACCCACCACCACAGAUUCACCCACUACGACAGAAGAACCAAGUACAACUGAUUCAAAUCAGUGUGAAAUUUUUCCUUACUUACCAAUAUGUUUGCUAAGUACGACCACAACAUCCAUAACUGAUUCCACAACUACGGAGGACAUCACGACAACUGAAGCAUCUUCUUCAACAGCUGAAGACGUGACAUCAACCACACUUGCUCCUACAACCACUGAAAAUACACCCACCACCACAGAUUCACCCACUACGACAGAAGAACCAAGUACAACUGAUUCAACCACCACCACAAAUUCACCAAGUACAACAACAGACGCUCCCACAACCACUGAAGAACAUAGAACAACUACUCCUGUUCCUACUAGCACUGAAGAAAUAACUACAACCACAAUCGGUCCCACAACGACCGCAGAAAUAUCAACAACAGAUUCUUCUCCUAUUACAACAGAAGAACUACCAACUACAACUACAACAAUUCCGACAACGGAAGUCUCUUCUACAACAUCUGAAGAAUCAUCGACCACUCCAACAACCACUGAAGAAGUAACAACUCCUACAACCGCGGAAGUAACAACAACCACCGAGGCUCCCACUACCACUGAAGAAUUAACAACAACAAUCGCUCCAACAACCACUGUAGCUUCAACAACUACGGAGGAAAACUCAACAACCGCUCCUACAACCACUGAAGAAAUAACAACCACACCGACUGCUCCCUCCAACUCUCAUGCUCAUCACCAUCACCAUUACCACCACGAAGUGAUUGGACCUCCAGCCUUCCCACUUCCACCCCUUCCUCUUCCAUCGCUUCCCCUUCCACCACUUCCCCUUCCACCACUUCCUCUCCCAGCCCUUCCUCUUCCACCACCACUUUUUCCAAAUCUUGGAUCCUUGCCUGAGGCUGAUCAUGCUGUAAUUGCGAUACUACCUAUUCCGCCUCCACCUCCGAUACCAGCAUUUCCUCGACCACCGCCAAGACCACCACUACCCUUUGGAAAUUUGUUUGGAUAA